GUUUGUGAUAGGUACUCGAUCUUGUGAUUUUGCACACUUACUUGAAGUUAUAGUUUCCGUGAUAAAAGAUGGUUUACUUAUUUCCGAGAUUAGUUUAUAAACUUCCAACUUUUAAAACUGACUUGAGUCUUUACGUGGUCUAUGACAAUUAUUGAUUUACAAAUAAGGAAACUUUGCUGACCAAUAAUAGAAAUGUGGCAAGGAAUGUCCUCCAACCAGUUGGAGAGCCUCUUCAAAGCAUGUGACAAGACAGGAACUGGCAAGAUCGGAUUGGACGAUUUCAGAGAACUCUGCAUGGAGUUUGACAUAUUGGAGGCUGAUUGUGUUGCCAUCUUCAAUGACCUGGACCACGACGGUGAUGGACAGAUCAGCCUGGAAGACUUUGCAUGGGGCUUCCGUGACUUCCUCCGCAGUCCUCAGGCCAGGAAAGGAUCUGCGAUGGAGUUUGAGACUCUGGUGUGCAAAGGGAAGGCGGAGGCGUUGCAGCUAGUUCAGCGAAGACAUUCUGAGGCUCGGAAUGCUUGGGCCAACCUAGUGGCUGGGGUCGGAGAACCUGCUGUUAGGAAGUUUCUCAAUCAGAGUGGCAGUAAGUUGGCGGAUCUUUACACAGAGCUGCGUUCAGUCGAGGCAACCCCACAACUCCUGGCUACGUUCGAAGGUGCCAUCAGUUCUCUCAUAGAUGACGUCAAAACUCUUCAUGAGGAGAAUAAGAAGUUGGAGGACAUGUUCAACAGAGAGCAUGAAAGACAUAUUGGUCAGCUGAGAAACUUGGAGGAAGAGCUUGAUUCUCAAGUAGCAAAAGUUGAAGCAAAAGCAAGAGAAGAGGCUAGGCAAAAAUUUGAAGGAGAGAAAAAAUCCAUUGUGAAGAAAAUGGAAACUGAAAUAAUGGAGCUUCAAACUCAUUUAAGGCUUUUUAAAAAGGUAAACAACGUCCUGACUGAGAGGAAGGAGAAGGACAAAGACAAGGACAGAGAUUUGUCUGAUGAAUCGGAGGAGGAGAGGAGACAGUUGAAGCUGAUGUUGGCAGAUAAAGAGGCAAACUUGGCCAUACUCAGUACUGAGAUGGCACAACUACGCACAGAAUACGAGGGCAAGUGCAUGCAACUGAAUAGUCAACACGCCACACUUUGCCAGUACCAGAACCAAACCGACCAGAUCCACCAGAAACUACGCAUGCUGCAGAGAGCCAACAAUAAGCUGCAAGAUACCAACGACAGUCUUCUGAUGAUCAUGGAUACGGGAGGUCGUUCCCCAGCAUGCUACAGCCCUGCCUCCUCCAUAGACUCAGACGAUCAUCUCCGGAAACCAAAAUGGGCCAUAAUGGAUCAUAGGACUCCCUCCCCACAUAGCCAAGUCGGGGACAGCAACUACUUCAUACCAGUUCCUGAAUAUACUGUUGAAUAUGCUGACAGUGGCCGUUCUACCCUACGAGAACAAAUGGAUUACGAUUUGGACAGCCACUCUUACCUCGAACAAAGCCGUAACAGCGAAGGAGAAUAUCACAAUAUAAGUUUAGAGGAGCAGAAUAUCACUGCAACAUCCACCAAUAAACUCGUGGACAGCUUGGGAAGUGGGUUCUGUGACCUAGAACCGACCGGACCUCCAGAUAGAACCUACAAGAUCGUAUUUGCUGGUGAUGCUGCGGUCGGCAAAAGCUGCUUCAUUCACAGAUUCUCCAAGGGUAUCUUUGCUGUGAACCUGGGCUCCACUUUAGGUGUGGAUUUCCAAGUGAAGACCAUCAGGAUUGACAUGAAGAACAUUACUCUGCAGCUCUGGGAUACAGCUGGCCAAGAAAGGUUUAGAUCCAUGACGAAGACCUACUUCCGCCGUUCUGACGGGGUAAUUCUUAUAUACGACACAACAAAUGAGCGAUCCUUCUUGAAUGUUCGGCAUUGGCUGCAGUCAAUAGAGGAUUGUUCAACAAAGAAAAUUCCUAUUUACUUAUGCGGAAACAAAGUGGAUCUUCGAGAGGAGGCAAAAUUGAAAGGAAUUACUUGCGUCUCUACAGAACAAGGACAGCGGAUGGCAAAGGAAAAUGGAGCCAUCUUCUAUGAAACCAGCUCAAAGACUGGACACAACAUCACCAAUGUCAUCGUAUCAAUUUCAAGAGACAUGCUGACUUUAGAAGAUGAUGAGGUUCUCUCCUCAGGACUUGUACCUUUAGGCAAGACAGUAGAUAAGAAGUGCUGCUGAAUGAUGAUAAACACUUUGGAUAGCACACUGACAUUGAAAAAGCUUGUAUCCUUAAUUUUAGUACCAUCACAAUCAUUUACACGGGAUGUAGCUUGUAAGACAAGUGCCUAUCUAAAGUAAAAUAUAGUGUUAACACAAAACUCAAUGUUUGGAGGAAUGGAAAGGGAAUCUUUAAGUUGAACCUUAUACAGACAUAAUAUCAAAGAUAUACAUAGUUGUACAUUAUACAAAUGCAACAAAAAUUCUAAUAAUUUACUGCUACUGGAUUCAAGUGUGAAAUCAUUAUUAUUUCACUGUAAAUAAAAUGUUUAGUCAUAUUUUUAUUUUUAAGAAAUCAUGUUUUGAUUGAUUUUGCUUAUUUUUGUUGCUUUCAUAUGGUUUGUUAGUUUAUAACGAGCGUUAAGAUGAAUUUGAUCUCACCAUAGUUUGCCUAUAACUUUACGAGGAACACAUAAUAUAUAAUAAAGUAAAUGUUUCAUUGUCAAAAUUCACCCCCAAUUUCUUUAUUGGAUUUAAGUUGAAAUAAAAAUAAGUUUAGAUUUAACAAUAUAAUUGUGUAUUAAUUUAAAAAACAAUGUGAGCAUUAGACAAAGCUUAGUGUUAUGACACAAUUUGUAAGGAAUAAGUUAAAAUAAACAUUUGACUUUGAA